AUGCCCUCGCAAGAAGCCAAGAUUCUGGGUGACUUCUUACUAACACCAGCUCCCCUACGCGACUUCAUCACACUGCGCGAGUUCACCGACAUAUUCCCCCGUGCCCAUCGUGCCAACCCGGCUGUCCAGGACAUCUACCGGGAGCUUCAAAGACUGCGCGACAAGGACAUAGAGCUUGUCCGUCGAGACAUUGCCGAUGAGGUCAAGCGAUCAAAACAGCUGAGGCGCGAGUAUGCGCGCGAGAGGCGUCAAGUCGACGAUGCAACUGUCGCAGGACUAGAUCCCAUUGCACUUCAGAUGGAGCAAGAGUUAUCCGGCGAGGGUCGCAAGAAACCACACACGCUACAGACGGUCCACUCCGACAUUGAAGAGGCCUGCCAAAGUCUCGAGGCACAGAUUGCGGAGAUAGAGCAGCAGAAUAGAGACGUCUUGCGCCAGGUGCAAGACGUGGUUGGCGCACUCAGCGACCUACGACACGGUCGCUUCCCUGCAUCAACCAGUGGUGAUAGUCUUGGAGAGGAGGUCACUGUAGCUCUUCGACAACUCGAGACUGUAUGUGGGAAGCCAGUGGGAUGA